AGGACCUCCAAGCCUCGGCCGAAUCACUCUUGUUCGGGAUCGUUUGCUAUUCAACACUCCAGUACUGUGGUAUCGGACACCGGCGGUUCAGCAGCCGCGAUUAACAGGAGAGUCCUGGGCUUUAAGGAAGCUGUCACACUCCGGAUUAUUUUUGGAUAAAAGUGUAAACACGAGCGCUUCGAGAGUAGCGCAGCGUUUAGCGCGCUUUCCAGCUCCGGCGUGAAGCGGGCUUUUCUGCAAUGGAGGCCAGGAGAGAAGAGAGCCCCGGCGGCAGGCCCCAGGAUACUCGACCAUAAAGGCUUCAAGCUAGCACUGUUUACCGAGACUGCUUGCUGCACUCUCACGGACACAUUUCCACUGUUUUUAUACGCGUACCGCCGUGGAUCACCGUUAUUCCCUUUUGUGUCUCUCUGGUCGCUCACAUUUCUCAUGCUUUUUGUUCGAGGAAUAAUAACUAUUAAACAUAUUCGGCCCUGGAAACUUUCACUAAGUUGUUUAUUUCCUGUCACUUCAUCUUUAAUGCACUGAACUCAUACUUUAACGUCCUGUAAUCUUAGUUUUCAAAGAUCAGAAACUCGAGUUUCUUUAAACGCAGUAUUGGACUUCCUCUUUGUGCACGUUUCAGUUUUCUUGUGUUGUUGACGCGACUCUUGACAGUAAUUCAGCGACUGUUAUUGUUUCUCUGCAACUGGAGGACUAACCACAAAGCGUCCCGAUGGAGGACAAUGACAACAUGGACUAUUUUUAUCAGCAAGUUUUGCAGAAGGACGUGACCCGGAGGCUGCAGGUCGGCCCGGAUCUCAUAGACUACCUGAGUGACCCCCAACGAUCCUGGGACGUGGAGCAGGACAAACCGCGCCUGGAUAAAACCAUAGACGAGUUGACGGGAUGGGUCAAUUCAAGCAAUUACAAGGUUGCAUUGAUGGGGAUCGAUAUUGUCAGCGCAUUCGUGGAUCGGAUGACUGAUCGCUUCAGAGGUUAUUUUGGCACAGUGGUGCCUGCAUUGGUUGAUCGUCUGGGUGACGCAAAGGACCAGGUUCGAGAACAGACACAAGCGCUCAUUCUGAAGCUGAUGGAUCAGACAGCAACGCCCAUGUAUGUUUGGGAGAGGCUGUUUCCCGGCUUCAAACACAAAAAUUUCCGCAGUAGAGAGGGACUCUGCCUGUGCUUGGUUGCCACACUAAAUGCGUAUGGUGCUCAGCCUUUGAGUUUGAGUAAAUUUGUUCCACAUCUCUGUACACUAACAGGAGACCAAAACCCCCAGGUUCGGGAGGCAGCUAUAACAGCCCUGGUGGAAGUGUAUCGACAUGUAGGAGAGAGGGUGAGAGCAGACCUCAUCAAGAGAGAUCUACCAUCUGCACGGUUACAGACUAUUCUGAGCCGUUUUGAUGAAGUGUUGAAUUCUGGGAACAUGGCUCUCAGCCUGAGUCAAGAUCGUAGUUUUGACGAUGAUGACUCUGUGGAUGGAAGCAGGCCAUCUUCGGCUCAGGCUGCCUUUAAAGUGCCCAAAAUACCCAAGAAACCCGGAGACUCUGCCAGCAGUUCCAGAAGACCCAGUGGCACUGGAGCUAGCAAAACAGGUAUCUCUAAAGAGGGGGCAGGAGCUGUGGAUGAGGAGGAUUUCAUUAAAGCAUUCACAGACGUCCCCAGUGUUCAGAUCUACUCUUCACGGGACCUGGAGGAUAAUCUGAACAAGAUCCGUGAGGUUCUGUCUGAUGAUAAACAUGACUGGGACCAUAGAGUUAGCGCGCUAAAGAAAAUCCGAUCUCUGCUGGUUGCCGGGGCAGCAGACUAUGAUUGUUUCUACCAGCACCUGCGCCUGUUGGAUGGCGCAUUUAAGCUGUCUGCAAAAGACCUGCGUUCUCAGGUGGUGCGGGAGGCUUGCAUCACAAUGGCGCAUCUCUCCACAUUAUUGGGGAAUAAGUUUGAUCAUGGUGCAGAGGCAAUUGUCCCAGUACUCUUCAAUCUCAUCCCAAACUGUGCCAAAGUGAUGGCCACAUCUGGCACUGCAGCCAUACGCAUCAUCAUACGGCACACUCACGUCCCACGAUUGAUUCCACUCAUCGCUAGUAACUGCACAUCAAAGUCUGUGGCCGUCCGGAGGCGCUGUUAUGACUUUUUAGAUCUUCUGCUGCAGGAAUGGCAGACUCACUCUCUGGAGAGGCAUGCGGCUGUGUUGGUGGAAAGUAUUAAGAAGGGAAUCAGAGAUGCAGACUCAGAGGCUCGAGUGGAGGCCAGGAAGGCAUACUGGGGGUUGCGGGCUCAUUUCCCCGGGGAGGCGGAGUCUCUGUAUAACUCAUUGGAAUCGUCCUAUCAGAAGACAUUACAGUCGUAUCUAAAGAGCUCAGGCAGCGUGGCAUCUCUUCCACAAUCUGAUCGCUCGUCCUCUAGCUCCCAGGAAAGCCUUAAUCGGCCGCUGUCAAAGUGGUCAGCUGCUCCAGGCAGAGUGCCUGCAAGCUCAAAGUCAUCAGGAUCUCCAGGCUCUUUGCAGCGUUCCCGUAGCGAUGUGGAUGUUAACGCUGCCGCUGGUGCUAAAGCCAGACACAGUGGACAGGCUGGAGGGGCAGGGCGUGUCGCAUCAGCCCUGCCACCCGGAUCAUACGCAUCUCUCGAUGAUGCCUCUGAAAAAGAUGGGCGACUACGGACUAAGCAGACUUUAUCAACAGCAUCUAGUGUGGGCAGCAGUCAGGUUGACUCGAGAGGGCGGACCCGGUCAAAGAUGGCAUCCCAGUCACAACGUUCCGACGAUUCUGAUUGCACGGCAGCGGGUUCUCGUUCGGGUUCCCCAGGCCGGGUGUUGGCCAGCACAGCUCUGAGCACGCUCAGUACGGGAGCGCAGCGUGUCAGUGCAGCUCCAGGCUCUCACCGUCGCAGUCGGAUCCCACGCAGUCAGGGCUGCAGUCGAGACUCCAGCCCCACACGCCUGUCUGUCGCUCCAUCAAACAUCAGCCACAUCUACAAUGGAUCCAAAGGAGCGAGGGGUAGUCGUAUACCACGUCCUAGCGUGAGUCAGGGCUGCAGUCGCGAGGCCAGCCGAGAGAGCAGCAGAGACACCAGCCCCGUGCGCUCCUUCACGCCGCUCGCAUCCCGGCAUUAUUCGCGCUCAACUGGUGCUCUUCAUGCCCCAGAUGCCUUCGGGGCAGCAGGUUCUGGGUUGGGUAUAUCUCAGUCCAGUCGUCUCUCAUCCUCGGUUAGUGCCAUGAGAGUGCUGAACACUGGAUCAGAUGUGGAGGAAGCCCUGGCAGAUGCUCUGCUAUUAGGAGAUAUGCAGGGCAAGCAGAAGAAACCAGCCCGGCGGCGGUAUGACACCUAUGGGAUGUACUCUGAUGAUGAUGUAAACAGCGACGCAUCCAGCGCAUGCUCGGAGCGUUCGUACAGCUCCCGGAACGGCAGUAUUCCAACAUAUAUGCGUCAGACUGAGGAUGUGGCCGAAGUGCUCAAUCGCUGUGCCUCUGCCAACUGGUCUGAGAGAAAAGAGGGACUGAUGGGAUUGCAGGCAUUGCUGAAGAACCAACGCACUCUCAGUCGAGUCGAGCUGAAGAGGUUGUGUGAAAUUUUCACCAGGAUGUUUGCAGACCCACACAGCAAGCGUGAUUCCAGAGGCUUCGGCACGGCAGAAUCCGGUAUCAGUUCUGCCUCCUUUAAGGUUUUUAGCAUGUUUCUGGAGACACUGGUGGAUUUCAUUGUAGUUCAUAAGGAUGACCUGCAGGAUUGGCUCUUUGUGCUGCUCACACAACUGCUGAAGAAAAUGGGAGCAGAUCUGCUUGGCUCAGUACAAGCCAAAGUACAGAAAGCCCUAGAUGUCACAAGAGAAUCUUUCCCUAAUGAUCUACAGUUCACCAUCCUAAUGAGAUUCACAGUUGACCAAACACAGACACCCAACCUAAAGGUGAAGGUGGCCAUUUUGAAGUACAUAGAAACACUGACACUACAAAUGGAGCCGCAGGAUUUUGUCAACUCAAGUGAAACCAGACUGGCAGUGUCACGUAUCAUCACAUGGACCACUGAGCCCAAGAGCUCAGACGUCAGAAAGGCAGCACAGUCUGUAUUGAUUUCACUAUUCCAACUGAACACACCAGAAUUCACAAUGCUUCUAGCGGCACUGCCGAAAACUUUUCAAGAUGGAGCCACCAGAUUAUUGCAGAAUCACCUGCGGAACACAGGCAACACAGCCCAGGCUCCAAUGGGAAGCCCUCUCACCCGACACACCCCAAGAUCACCAGCCAGUUGGUCAAGUCCUUUAACCUCCCCUACCAACACAUCACAGAACACACCUUCACCAAGUGCAUUUGAAUACGAUACAGAAAACAUGAACUCUGAGGAGAUCUACAGCUCUCUGAGAGGAGUCAGUCAGGCAAUCCAGAACUUAAGCGUCCGCAGCCAAGAGGACAUGACAGAACCACUGCAAAAAAGAGAUGGGGAUGGAGAAGAAAGAGGUGCUGAAACUACAGACUCUGGCCGGACAGCGCUAGAUAACAAGACCUCUCUUCUAAAUACUAUACCGCUCCUCUCCUCAAGUCCCCGCCCAACACGAGAAUACCAGCCAGUCAGCUAUUCUGACUCCUCCUUCACCUCCUCCCCUUUUAAUAAAUGCCUGAAAGAUGCAGACCAAGAUACUGAGUCCCUCACAGAUGACAGUGGUGUGGACCAGUCUGAGGUGGUUGCUGAGCUUCUGAAGGAGCUCUCGAAUCAUAGCGAGCGAGUGGAAGAGAGGAAGUCCGCAUUGUGUGAGCUAAUGCGGCUGAUCAGAGAAACACAAUUACAUGUUUGGGACGAGCACUUCAAAACAAUCCUUCUGCUACUUCUUGAGACACUUGGCGAUGGAGAGCAUGUCAUCCGGGCAUUAGCACUGCGGGUGUUGAAGGAGAUCCUUAACAGGCAACCUUGGAGAUUUAAAAACUAUGCAGAACUCACAAUCAUGAAGACCCUGGAAGCACAUAAAGACCCACACAAAGAGGUGGUGCGGGCUGCAGAAGAGGCGGCAUCUAUGUUGGCCACCUCUAUAAGUCCCGAUCAGUGUAUCAAAGUGUUGUGUCCCAUCAUCCAGUCGGCCGACUACCCCAUUAAUCUGGCUGCCAUCAAGAUGCUCACCAAAGUCAUUGACCGGUUGCCCAAAGAGGGUCUACUUCAAAUGCUCCCAGAGAUGGUCCCGGGGCUCAUUCAGGGUUAUGAUAACUCUGAGAGCAGUGUACGAAAAGCGUGUGUAUUUUGCUUGGUGGCCAUCUAUGCUGUCAUUGGAGAGGAUCUUAAACCUCAUCUUAGCCAGCUGUCUGGCAGCAAGCUGAAACUGUUGAAUUUGUACAUAAAGCGAGCUCAGAGCGGCUCCAGUGGAAGUGACCAGUCUUCAGAUGUGGGAGGGCAGGUCCUGUAGCUCUGUCGUCAAGAUUCAGAACUACAACACUUUCAUAGUGCAGGGGGACCCUAGCUGGCUUUUUAAAUCACAUGCAUACACAAAUAAACACUCACACACACUUGCCAACAAAUACACAAAGCCACAUGCACCUACACACCCUCCUCUGGCCCCACACUACCUUCCAGACAAAAGGGCAUUGGGAGACGGCAGUGAUAUUUGUGGGCAACUCAGAACAGAGGCUAUGGCAAGAGGGGGAUGUUGUGGAUGUCAUUAUGCAGAUCAUUUCUUUUUAUCAAAGAGCUUUUGAAUAACGCAGAUUUUUAAGAUGACGUUUAAAAACACAUUGAUCUGAGCAACAUGUCAUUAACGUUCCUAAUUGCUCACUAUUGAUUAUUAAUGGUCAUAUCAGUUCAUAACAGUGAGCGGUUGGUCCAGCUUGCUCUAUUAUAAAGCAUACUUUGCUUGGCUAAAUGCAUGUCAUGAAUAAAACCUUUUUAUGUGGUUGCGUCCAUGGCUUGAUGGGCCAUGGGUCUGUCGCCCCGCACCCAAGACUCUCCUGUGAGACCAGAUGUGAUGCCACACCACAUAGGUAAUAUGUAUCUAUAUAUAACAUAACAAAGGAAUAUUUGAGAGGAUCUCGUGAUGUCCUUGAGGGCGCGUGAAUUCUUUUAAGUAGCGUAGUCAUUCUUCACUGAUGGAAAAUUUGUAGAAAUGUAUUUACACAUCAAAAUGCAGCAACUGUCUUGUCACUUCUUUCCUAUAGUGUCAGUCUUUCUCCCCUGUGAGGAAGUUCUCCCUCUUCCCAAUGCAUUUCUAGAACUGUGCUAACGAUAAAAUUAAAAUAAAGAAAAAUGUACAGUCACGAACAAUCUGUCUCUUCAUCUUUUACCCAUGCGCCC